AAGAACUGCGCAUCACCAGCGCAGAUAUUUCACCGGAUGUAUAAAUGUGAAGCAUCCGUUUGGGGUUUCCACGGUAGUGAGAGGAAGUCCAGUGUCCGGCAGUGGGAGAAGAUGGAACGAUAUGGAUUUUGGCCUACAUUUUGCACAUUUUCUCACCGAUGAAACAUUUGAUCUCAAUACCAUGUUCUUCCAAAAAACUAGAAUAUGUUACGAACAGAGUGGAAUACGUUUUAUACAUUUUACCCUUUGUUAAAGUUUUUUUGAAAUAGUGUUGUUUAGAAAGAGUGCAAAGAGUAGGCGUUCCCUAACUGAAACAUGCAAAUAUAUGUUCUAGAACGCGCCAAUAGAAUCGCUCUGGCUCGGGCUUGGCUCUGCCCACAAUGACUCAUUUGUUCCUGUUUGAAACGAAAGGCUGUGGUCUAUCUUGGUCUAGUUAUAAAUAUCUGUGUCACUGGCGUGAGGUUCAACGUGCAAAGCGUCAGAAGAAAACAACAGCAGAGAAGCAUGAAGCCCCAACAGAAGUUAUUAAACUCAGUAGACCGCUGUGUAGACGAGGCCCUGGAAGGCAUUGUCUCUAGCUCUGGAUGUCUCUCUCUGCUGAGGGGCCACAGGGUGGUGGUCAGGGCUGAUCUGGAGGCCCUCAAGGGCCGGGUGGCCCUGCUGUCUGGAGGGGGGUCUGGACACGAGCCAGCACACGCAGGGUACAUAGGUAGCGGUAUGCUAUCAGCAGCGGUUGCAGGUGGUGUCUUUGCCUCUCCUCCCCCGGCCAGUGUUCUAGCGGCCAUUUUGUCUCUACGUGACGCGGGGGUGUCGGGAGUUCUACUCAUCGUUAAGAACUACACCGGAGACCGCCUCAACUUCGGCCUCGCUGCGGAACAGGCCCGUAACCGCGGCGUCGCAGUCGAAAUGGUGAUUGUCGCCGACGACUGUGCUUUUGAUCAACCCAGUAAGGCGGGGAGGAGGGGCCUGUGUGGGACGGUGUUCGUUCACAAGCUUGCUGGGGCUCUGGCUGAAGAAGGUUGUCCAUUGGACGAGAUUGUCUCCAAGGUGACAGAGGCAGUGAAGGGCAUUGGUACUCUGGGGGUCAGCUUAUCUCCCUGCAGUGUUCCAGGCUGUCUGCCCUCCUUUGACCUGCCUGCUGGAGAGAUGGAGCUGGGACUGGGUAUCCAUGGUGAGCCUGGCAUUAAAAGGUCAAAGGUGACCUCGGCGGAUGAGGUGGUGAAGACCAUGGUAGACCAUAUGACCAACCCUGCCAGCCAAUCACAUCUGUCGCUGAAGUCAGGUGACAGUGUGGUUCUGUGUGUCAACAACCUUGGAGCUCUGUCUUGUCUAGAGAUAUCUGUUGUUACUAGAUCUGCUAUACGCUACCUGGAGGGUCGUGGGGUGCGGGUUGCCCGGGUGAUGUCGGGGGCAUUUAUGACAUCACUGGAGAUGGCGGGAGUGUCUCUGUCAAUGAUGAGAGCAGACCAGGAGAUACUCCGACUGUUUGAUGCCAGGACCACAGCCUCUGCCUGGCCCAACCUCAGUACUGUGUGUAUCAGUGGGAAGAGUUACAUUCUGGACCCUCCAGCGAAAGACAUGCAAGAGACCUCUCACACAGAAGGUCCUCUCAGUGAUGUGAUGCGGAAGGCUCUAGAAGCGGUGUGCUCUUCCCUUCUUCAACGCCAAGAGGAACUAAACUCACUGGACAGGGCAUCCGGGGACGGAGAUUGCGGGAACACUCAUGCCCAAGCUGCGAAAGCCAUUCAGGAGUGGCUUCCGAGUCACAUUGUUCCUGGGUGCCCGGGGCAACUACUGUCCACUCUCGCCGGAUUGGUGCAGGAGAGAAUGGGCGGGUCUUCAGGAGCGUUAUACAGUUUGUUCCUGACAGCAGCUGCUGCUCUUCUGAAGGACCGCAGCGACCCCGCAGCCUGGGCCAACGCUAUGCAUGCUGGGACAGACGCUAUGAGAUGGUAUGGAGGAGCUGAUCCUGGAGACAGGACUAUGUUGGAUGCUCUGUGUCCAGCAGUGGAGGAACUGGGGAGACUGACAACAGCGCCCCCUGGUGGUCACAUGGCCAUUCUGCAGGCUGCUGUGGAGAAAGCUGAACUGGGGGCGGAGUCUACCCGUGACCUCACAGCCAGGGCGGGGAGAGCCAGCUACAUCGCCACAGUACACGUGACCCUUCCUGACCCUGGUGCCGUGGCGAUAGCUGCCAUCUUGAGAGCAGUGUUCGAAGCCCUGGGAGGACAGAAGUGAUGACGGAGGGCCGGACGGACGUUGUUGUUGUCAUCAUUACAGCUGUUAUACAUGGUGAUCUGUUUGAAAAUGUGAUAUUCUAUGAUAAUGUGAAAAGCAAGAUAUGGUGCCGUCAAAUCAUAUUAUCCAUGACGUAGAAUCAUGAAUCUGACAAUUGAUGAUUUCAAAAUGUAAAUCUGAUAACUAUGGUGUCUUAACCAGUGAAUCAUAGCAAUGAGGAGUCUUAUAACCAGUGAAUCAUAGUAAUGAGGAGUCUUUUAUAACCAGUGAAUCAUAGCAAUGAGGAGUCUUUUAUAACCAGGGAAUCAUAGCAAUGAGGAAUAAAAUGGCAAGCGACGCUGUUAGUGAGUCUAAAGUGUUGCCCAGCAACAGCCCCAAAACAUCACUGCUCUAGAGGAGAUCUGCAUGGAGGAAUGGGCCAAAAUACCAGCAACAGUGUGUGAAAACCUUGUGAAGAC